GAGCUGCCCGCCCGGUGCGCUCCUGGUCGCAGGAGCACUCGCCCAAAGGCCAGAAGCAAAGGGCAGCACUCCCGAAGGAAAAGAGGCGCCAGCGUAAAGCCUACACGCAGCCCGCGACACCACAAACGCGCAAGGGCAGAGCACAAACAAGCCAAAGCUGCCACAACAAGCACCAUGCUCACGCGCGUCAUCAUCAACGUGCAAAAUAGUCUAGCGGCGACGGGCGCCAAGGGCGCCGGCGGCCUCGCGGCCCAGUUCCGGAGCAUGGACAAAGAUGGAGACGGCGCGCUCACGUCCGCCGAAUUCGCCGAGGGCCUCAAGAAGGCCGGCGUCAAAGUAAGACCCGUCGACGUCGCGGCCCUCUUCCAGGCCACGGACGCGAAUAAAGACGGCCGCCUGGCCUUCGGCGAGUUCGUCGACAAGUUGUGCGGGCCGCUGUCGCCGCACCGCCGCAGUGUGGUAGAGGGCGUCUGGCGGCGCAUCGCCGGUUCCGAGGAAGAGAUCACUCUAGCAAGGCUGCUGAGCGCCCAUAAACCAGAGAAGCAUCCCUUGGUCGAGAAGGGCGCGAAGACGCCUUCACAGAUACAAACGGAUUUGAUGGAGGCCUUACAGCCCUACGUGAAGCAUGAUAGCGUGUCCAGUGUUGCGUUCGCGGCCUUCCACCGCGUCACCUCUUCAUUUGAGUCCGAUUACGACUUCGAUCAGACCGCGGAGAGCGUCUGGGGCCGCGCUGUUACAAAGGAGAAGGUCGAUUCGUCGGAAGACGCUCUAUCAGUACUGAGGAAGGCUCUGAACGAGCGGGGCGUGCGCGGCGUCGUGAGUCUCGCGCGCAACUUUCGGUUGGCCGACCGGGACGGCUCCGGAUCAUUAAGAGAGGGCGAAUUCGUACGCAGCUUGCAGCUGUCGCAAUGUCAGUUGGAGCCCAAACAAGUAUCUUUAUUAUUCAGAUCGUUUGACGCGGACCGCGACGGUGUGAUCGAUCAAGCCGAGUUUCUGACGAAGUUAAGAGGCCCCAUGAACGCUCGUAGAGUCGCCCUCGUGGAUCAGGCCUUCGAUGUCUUGGAUACGGACAAGAACGGUGUGGUGGAGCCCUCUGAAGUGGUAGCGAAGUAUGAUGCGUCACAACAUAAAGAUGUCUUAGCAGGCAAGAAGACGGAGCAGGAAUGUUUACGGGAGUUCCUGGACACGUUCGAUGUGGGCGGUGUCGUCGAUGGGAAAGUUACAAGACAAGAAUUUAGGAACUACUACCACUCCGUAAGUUCGGGCAUUGAGUUGGACGAUGAAUUUGAGCUUUGCAUCCGGAACGCCUGGCAUUUAAGUGGUGGUGUCGGAUGGUGUGCCAACUCUACCAAUCUCAGAGUGUUGGUGACGCAUGCGGAUGGUACUCAGACAGUCGAGUGCGUCGAGGACGAUCUUGGUUUACAGAUGCCGCGCGACGCGGUCGAGGUCAUCGAUCGGUUGAGGAAGCAGGGUCUGGAUGUUGUUUCUGUGCAGUCCGGCGCGGGGCCUGUUAUCUCAAAGCCCAUACCGGUAGUAGAAGUACAACAUCAGAGAGUAUCAAGCGACGAAGCGCUGGAGACCCUACGUAAAGCCUUGAAGAAGCGAGGGGUAAGAGGCCUCACGAAUCUAGGAAGAGCCUUCAGAAUCGCCGACGCGGACCACUCCCGCGUCUUAUCCAAGGAGGAGCUGCAGAGGUGCCUCCACCGCGCGGACGUGUAUUGUGAGGAUUUUGAUACUGUGUACACAAAAUUCGAUACAGAUGGCAACGGCAAGGUGGACUACGACGAGUUCCUGCGGACGGUGCGAGGUCCCAUGGGUGAUCGAAGAAGAGCGUUGGUCGACCAGGCCUUUGCGGUACUCGACACUGAUGGAAAUGGAAUUAUCGAACCCUCAGAGGUCGUGAGGAAGUACGACGCGUCCCAACAUCCCGAUGUGCUCAAAGGAGACAAGACCGAAGACGACGUAUUGAGAGAAUUCUUGGACACGUUCGAUGUUGGGGGUAUUGUGGACGGGAAAGUGACGAGGUCGGAAUUCGAGAAUUACUACGAGAACGUGUCCUGUUCGAUAGAUAACGACGAUUACUUCGAGCUUUGUUUGAGAAAUGCGUGGCAUUUGAGCGGGGGUGAGGGCUGGUGCGCGAACACGGCUAAUUUGCGGGUGCUGGUCACGCAUGCGGACGGUAGUCAGUCGGUAGAGUGCGUCGAGGACGACCUGGGCUUGCAGAUGCCUCGGGACGCUCCCGAGAUUCUGCGACGACUCAGGGGGCAGGGCAUUGAUUGUGUGGCCGUCGACUCGCCGACGGCGCACUACGAGGAACCUUCUACACCCGUAGACAAUACGGACGUCACGCCGGCUUGCGUGGAGGCGAUGUGUAGGCGGGGCGCGCGCGGCUUCAUCGUUCUGAAGAGACGGUUGAGUGCGCGGGCGACCAAUGGUGAAGUCAGUCGAGAUGGCUUCCUCGCGUCGUGCCGCGACGCCGGUAUCAGUACAAGCGACGCGACGGACGCGCAAUUGCGGGGCGUCUUCGAGGGUUUGCAAAGCCAGGGCCGCGCGCCGCUAAGAGCUUGCUUGGAGGCGCUGACGCCGCCACUCACUACUCAGAGAAGAAACCUCGCGCAGAGCGCGUUCUCGCGCUUAGAUGUUGAUAACUUAAACAGAGUGGCCCCGCAGUCGCUCAUCGCGGCCUUUGAUCCUUCAAGGCAUCCCGACGUCAUUCGUGGCAAGCAGUCGCCGCAGGACGCGGUCGACGAUUUACUAGCUGCGUUCAGUGGAAGUGCGUCCGUGGAAGAUUUCUGCGACUACCACUGCGCCGUGGGUGCGAUAAGCGACGACGCGACGUUCGAACGGUUCGUCCGCAACGCCUGGCGUACGUCGAUGACGGAAAGCAACCGAGCUGCAGGCGCAUCAUCACCUCAAAGAGGUCGCAAGGUCAUUCAAGGAGGCAAUGCGACGGGCGGCCCGUCAUUACCCGGCAAGUCGACGCCGUUACGAAGGCGGCGCGGCGCGUCGCCGGCGCCGCGCGUCGACACCGGCGUCACGACAGUGGUAGAAAAAUUACGGGAAAGUGUAUUGUUCAAUGGCGCGCGCGGCAUUGCCCAAUUGGAGCGUAGCUUGCGGGACGAGGCGUCGGAUAACUCGCGGGAUUUAACGUUUGAGGAGCUCUCUCGAAGCUGUAGAUCUCUAGGUUUGUCCUCACAAGAACUACGCUUACUGUUUGACGCCUGCGACACAACAGGCGAGGGCACCUGCGACUACGCUUCUUUUGUGUCCUUGGUGGCACCACCUCUAACAGGAUCGAAUUUACUCGCGGUCAAGGAUACGUGGCGAAGGUGCUUCGGCGACGUCGAGAGCGUACCUCCCGAGCGCGUCGCCCAGGCCUUUGAUGCGAGUAGGCACCCCGAGGUCGUGGCCGGUCGUUCCAAUGAGAAGAAGCAGUUUGCUGCCUUUUUGGACACGUUCGACGUGCCUGGUUCAGCGGCACAAAUGGACGAUUUCCUGGCGUAUCAUCGGGGCGUCUGUGCCGCGGCGCCGAACGGUGAAUACUUCCUGGCCGUCGUGAAUGAUGUUUGGCAAACACCCAAUGCCAAACCUUCCGUAGUGAAGCCUCUGGCGUCCUUCGAGCGGAAACCUACGUCACCCGUGAGAAGCGCCGGCGUGCCCUUGAGGAGGGUCGGCGAAGUGAGUUUCGGCGACGAUCGACGGGAGAAAGUCGUGAAGCCGAAGCCGCGGUCUACUGUCAGGGAGAUGGAUCCGGGCGUCGCUCGACUGUUAUUUGAUCUGCGGACGCAAUUGGCAUCCCACGGCGCUAGAGGUAUUGCGGGCUUAGGCCGAAAAUUCAGAAUUUGUGAUGAUGAUAACGACGGGAAGUUAUCUCACUCAGAAUUCAACAAGGCCAUCAACGAACUCGGAUUAGCGGAGUUAACAGCUCAAGAAAGAAGGGUUCUAUUUGAUCACUUCGACCGCGACGGCAGCGGGUCAUUAUCCUAUGAAGAAUUCCUAUCAAAUGUGAGGGGCCCACUAUCGCAACCAAGAAUCGAUAUCAUAGAUGCGGCCUUUGACAUUCUGGACCUGGACAAGGACGGCUCUAUAUUACCAGAUGAAAUCGCGUCCAGAUUUGACGCGUCCCAGCAUCCUGAUGUAUUACAAGGCAAGUGCACGCAAGAAGACGUCUAUAGGGACUUCCUAGAUACCUUCGAUGUGGGCGGUACAAAGGAUCACCGAGUGACCCGUCAAGAAUUCCGGAACUACUACCAUAACGUAUCCUGUUCUAUUGAUAGCGAUGCCUACUUCGUCCAGAUGGUGCGCAACGCCUGGCACAUGGGUGCCAAGUCCACGACGGCUUUGAGAGUUUUAGUGACUCAUUCCGAUAAUACUAGAUCGGUGGAAUGCGUCGAGGACGACCUUGGUUUGCAGAUGCCGAGAGACGCUGAUAUAAUUUUGAAGAAGUUACGAGCGCAGGGCAUCGAUUGCAUCAGUGUGGAAGGCCCCGGCGGCAAGUCGGUGGCGAAACUCGCGGACAACAACACCCCAAAGACGUUCCGGGACGUCCGGCGCCACGCGGCGGCCGGCGGGGGGGCUAGACCGAAAUCGAGUGGGAGACGGGUCGGCGGCUACCGGACGAACGCCUUCGACUCGAACGUGUCCAUCGGCCACGCGCCGCUGCCGCCGCCGCCGCCUCGUUCCACAUCAAAACCGCCCUACGUCACUGAGGAACUACCACGUGUGGACAUCAAUAAAAUUCUGCGGAAAGCGAGGUCGAAGCUCAGAUUCCUCGGCCCGCGCGGCGUCCACGGCAUGGUUAGGAAACUAAGGAGCGGUGGCGACAAGGCGGGCGUCUUGUGUGAUACAUUAGCUUUACAGCGAGAUGAUGCGGCGGCUUUAGCCGCGGCGGACGACCUCGUCACGAAGUUGAGGGGAGAUCUCUCGGAGACUCGGAAAGUGCUAGUGGAUGCCGCUUUCGACGCCCUCGACUACGAAGGUGAGGGCUCCGUCGCGUUGACAGACGUGGUCCAGGCCUACGACGCCGCGAACCACCCCGAGGUCCUGGCCGGGGCGCGGACGCGGGAAGCGGCGAAACGCGAGUUCCUGGAGACCUUCGAGGUCGACGGCGACCGGGCCUCGCUCCAAAACUUCCGCGAGUACUACGCGAACGUGUCUGCGGCCGUCGACGACGAUGCUCUGUUCGCGACGCUCGUGCGCAACGCGUGGUCACUGAAUGUGGAGAAGCAGAGCCCGCGCGGCGUCCACGCGCUCGUCACACACCGCGACGGCCGCCAGAGCGUCGAGGUCCUGUCCGAGGACGGCGAGGACGCGUUGGAGAUGUUGCGUUCUAGGGGCGUCGACGCGAUCGACGUCAAGCUCAACGACAAGAACACGCGGACGUUCCGGUCGACGCUCGUGCUCGAGUAGACCAUGUCCCUUCCUUUCCCCCUCUGGCUAAGAGCUUUCUGGUUGA